AUCGAGUACAAUUCUUCUCUCUGAUCGAGCUAUUUUAGAAUCGGAGUACAGUUCUUCUCUCUGAUUGAGCUAUUUUAGAAUCGGAGUACAGUUCUUUCCUUGAUCGAUUAAGAAUUCUAUGCCAAAGUUUGAGUCUUUAAGCACCAUUCAAUUGGAGCCCUAGAAUUGGAAUCGGAGUACAGUUCUUCUUUGAGCACCAGCCCCUAAAAUCCAAUUGAGCUUACUCGUCGCUAUUUCAAAAUCCUGUUAAUAUCAAUUCCGUGAUAAAGCUGCAGCCUUUGCCAGUUGCCACCACAUUAGUUCAGCAAGACUUGUGAGUGCUGGAGAUGAAGAAGCAUAAGGCCGAUUUAGAUAGACAACAAAACCCACGAAAACGAAAGGUGGAACAUGAGGAGGAGGAAGAAACUGAUGCUUUGCUUACUAAGAAACAAAAUGCUGCUGCUACUGUUAAGAUUGAUGAUUUGCCCGAAGAUAUUCUUAUUCAUAUUCUGUCUCGUAUGAGCAUUAAGGAUGCUGUGAGGACUAGUGUUCUCUCUCGUAGGUGGAGAUAUUUAUGGAUGUAUAUAUCUCAGAAAUUGGAAUUUGACGAUCGGUAUGAUAGGAAUAUUACUCUAUUGGAUGAUGCUGAUGAGAGAUCGGGAAUUGUAAUUAAAAGGAAAAAGUUUAAAACCUGGGUAAAACAUAUCCUGAAGUUGCAUCGGGGUCAAAGAGUUGAUAGCCUAGUUAUUCGUUUUACUAAUUUACGUUUAAGAUAUCUGUCUAGUGACAUUGAUAGUUGGAUAUACUUCGCCGUGGAGAAGGAAGUAAAACUGUUUGAAUUGAAUUUGUCGGUUGAAGAUGGUUUCCAUUGUAGUUAUAAGUUUCCUAAUAUUGAUAAGUUACGUUCCCGCGAGGUCAAGGUUAAGUCACCUGUUUUUGGCUCACUAAGAUCGCUUAGGUUGGUCGAUGUUGAUAUAGAGGAUGAGGUGGUUAAGUAUUUGUUAGCUUCUUGCCCUUGUGUCGAAUAUUUAUGCAUAAGGGCCUCUAAUACAACGAAGAAUCUUGAAGUUGUUGAUCCAUUACCAAACUUGAAGGAAUUGGAAAUAUCGGAUUGUUGCAACCUCGAAAGUUUAGAUAUAUCUGCUAAUAAUCUUGUCUCGUGUACAUAUCAAGGAAAAAAAAUCAGAUCGCCUUUCAAGAAAACUCCAAAUCUAACCGAGUUAACACUUGGUGGGGAGUUUUGUCAUUCCUUCAUUUUUGAACCUAAUAAACACUCGAGUUAUUCAGCUCAAUUGGUGAAGCUUGUAUUGAAUCUGAAAACAAUGGCUCCUGAAAGAACAAAUGUUCCUUGUGAUUUGCCCCAAUUAGACUCUCUCAAACGGCUGGAAUUGAAUACUGUGACGAAAACUGACGAAAGCUUUCUCUUCUUCUUAUCAUUGAUCAAGGCAUCUCCUAACUUACAUGAAUUUAAAAUCAAGUUAGUCUACUUACUACUCGAUUUCCGGCUUCCAGGAUCAAUUCGGUUUGUACAAAGGACGCCAUUUCCUGAAGUAACCCCAGAAAAUGCUAAAUGUUUUACUCACAACAAUCUUAAGGUGAUUGAAUUGGUUGGGUUUAUUGGAUUAGCAACUGAAACACCGUUCAUUCAGAGACUAUUUAACGUGGCCCCACUAGUUGAGAAGGUCUUGUUCGAUACACCGAUUGGUUAUUAUCGUUUUCACCCGCUGAUAGAUAGUGUUGCAGCAAGUGAAGGUACGAUUCCAUGGCUGAUUAAUCCUUGCGCGAGUCACAACGCGAAACGUUGGGCAAUGGAUGUGAAGAAGAAUAUUUGUUCCCCUAGAAUUAAUUUUGUUAUAUUAUGAUAGAGACGCAUCCUUAUUUAUUUUGAAUUUUGAUCCGUAAUCGACAAUAUUCAAUGUUCAUCUAGUUUUUGAUAAUUUAUUGUUAUUAUUAUUAUUAUUUUUAUUUUUUAUUUUUUGUGAUAAAAUAUAGUUUUGUGGUAACUUGAUGAGAUUUUUUUUUCUCGCACUUCUUUGUACCCUCAUUUGUGAUAAAAAUGAAGUUGCCU